CGACACACACAGAGAGAGAGAGAAACGGGAGAGAAACACACGGCGCCAUCACCUCCGUGCGUUCGGUUGGCUGUUUCGGCAUUUCAGUCGAGGAGCCGAGCUGCCUCCCGCCGGGCCGCUUUGAAUCACGCUCUCUCUUCUCAUCUUCUCCCUUUUUGAUUUUUUUGUUUGUUUUUUUUUGCGGGAGGAGCUGCUCAUUUGCGUAUUAAAACACAUCACUUGUUUUAUUUUAUUCCGAAGAGGGAGCUAGCAGCAGCAGCGAGAAUGAGAGAGAGCGGACGAGACUGUGUGCAACGCCAAAUCCCGACCCAUCAUCAGCAUCAUCAUGCGGCCGUGAUGAGAGUCUGGUCGCCAUUUUCUCGCCAAUUGUAGUAAUUGUGUUAGUGCUGGCGAAAUUCCUGUAAUAAUUUUUUUUCAUUUUCGUCCAAGGUGAGAAAAAGGAGAAAAAACAAAUCGACAAAGUUGUGCGUGCUGGCGUGGUUGCCAACGUUCGCCUUCGGGCGUGAUAUUGUCACGAGGGAAAGUGUUUGUGUGUGCGUCUACUACACUCGGCGGCGCAAUUAUUGUUGUGUGUGUGUGUGUGUGUGUGUGCGUGUCGGGUUAUUUAUCCGUCCCUCGUUGUACGCGCGGUUAUUAGUUUGGCCCAACGGUAAGGAAGCGCGCACCUUGCGUGUGCGUCUGUUUGUGUUAUCGGACCGGAGAGAAUAAUAAUAAGAAUUUCGGCGGUCAGCAUUUGUGAAAGUUCGACAUUCGAUACAUCCAACACAACACAACACACACGCCAUUCAAAAAGAGAGAAAACAAUCGGAAAUUCUACUACGACCAGAGGCGCUCGCAUUUCCCCACUGAUUUUUUGGCUUAACUGGAAUCGGACGACGACGGACAUUGGCGUGAGAAUGUGCUGAUCGACUGUCUCUCCUCUCGUCGGUCAAAUUUCCCCCCGCAACUUCUCGCACGGCCCAUUUCUUUAUCGGCGUCGACGCGAUGCCGAGUUGGCGGAGGGGCAAUCCAGCAGACCUCGUACAACACGAUCCGCACACAACAACAACAACAACAACUAGAGCGAUAGCCGAACAGCGUUGACAAACGUGAAAACAAAUAGGAGAAGGAAUUGCUGGACGAAGAAAAGAAAAAAAAUAGAAACGGGAAAACACGCACUCGUCAAAAGUUUAAAAAGAAACAAAAGAAACGAAAAAAAAAGGAAAAACAAGUGUGACUUGAGAUAGUGAUCCGUAGAUAGGGAGGAGAAUAAACAACCCCCCCAAAAAAACACCAGAAAGAGAGACGACGAUUGACGCGGUUGUUUUCGUGUGUGUUGGGGGUGAGCGUGAAAUUGAAAUUAGAAAAAAAAAAAAAAGUGUUUGUUCCGUUUCCCGUUUUUCUUCAUCGCCAACAGGACCCGGCUCGACACGAAUGGCUGCUGCCCAUCAACAUUCUUCCGGCGGCGGCGGCGGCAGCGGUAGCGGCGGGACUAAGCGGUCGAGAUUUCUGAACCGGCUCUUCCCGUGGCGGUCGGGUCAGAGGUCGAGCAGCGGGAGCCGGAUGAUGGGCCAUCAUCACAAGGAGACGCCCAGUCAAUUGUUUUCCGGCAGCAGCACCAGCAGCGUGCGACGCACGUCGCCCGUCGAUUUGAAUCUGGGCGGCGAAUCUUUGCCGAUGAUGGCCACCAGCCCGCCGUCCGCACUAGUCAUCCCGUCUUCAUCACUGCCCAUUCCGCGCUUUCCCGACGUCCUGGUCGAAGCCGACGUGCCGGCCAUGAUCAUCUCGUCGCCGCCGGCCCAUCUUCGGCGAACGCAGCAGCAGCAGCAGCAGCAACGCCAGCAAAAGGAUGUUGCUGCUGGCACGACGGGCUUCCGGAUGACGUCGGCCGGCCCACCGUCGGCUCAACGUCACCACCACCCGCCGACUCCCGAAAACAUCGAUCACGAAGAGAUGAGCGCCUUACGUCAUUUGGCCAGCGAAUUGAACGCCGCACUGCGACUCUCCGAAGAGGAAAAUCUUCUACUCAAAGCCAAACUCCAAACGUUGGACGAGUGGGGUCUGAUGGCCGAGCAACAGGAGGAACUCGUCCUGGGCGGCAGCCAAACGGCCAAACUGGACCGGUUGAUCGAGGACCUGCGCGACAUCGCCUCAUCACAACCCACAUCGCCGUUCUCAUCGCCGUUUGUCCACCGUCGGAACAUGCGCGACCUCGGCCGAAUUCUCCAGCAGCGACAACUGGAAUUGCGGCGGUUAACGGCCGAGCUCCAGCAGACGCAGACGGAACUGUUGUUCACGCAGGUGGAGCUGGAUCAGGUGCGCCGCUGUCUCCAGCGGCUCGACCAGCGGCUCUUGUACGCCGAAGACGAGCUGGACCUGGCCCGCCAAGGUCUGCUCCAAGCCUCCAUUAGCAAGCAGAGGCUCAUGCAAGAGCUGCAGACCACCAGAGGCCUUCUGAUGAGGUGCUGGGGUCGUGUCCGUGAUCUGGAACAGCAGCAGCAACAGCAGCAACAACAGCAGCCGGCCAGCAACGUGCUAGAAGGGAGCUGAUAGAAAAUAAAGAUGAAUGACUAUUUUGUCCACAUAUAACUGCCAUCGCCACAACUUUACGUAUUUACCUCAAUAGUGGCCGUGAUAACGAAAACUCAUUUGCACCUAUGCCCAUCACACACACCCCUCGAUUCGGUUCGGCUUCCGUGAAAAAAAAAAAAAAAAUUAAAAAUAAGUAGAUGACGUGGCGAUUUAUUGUCGUCACACACAGCCCGGCCCGAGUUAUACAGUUGGAAGUCCGCGAAUCAUGACUAACCAAAAUACCAAAGAAAACCACAAAUUUCAAUAUUUGACGGAGGCCUGACCCCCCAAAGAAAUAGUUUGCUGCAUGCUGCUGGGAAAAAAAAGA